AUGAAUUUUCACAGUUCGUUUUAUUCCUCAAAUAAACGGAGUGACCAAGAUGCUUUGAUACUGAAGUGCUGUAAAACGCAGAAGCAAAAUAAUAUUUCUUCAGAUGAUGAAUAUCGCAAUAUACUUCGAGCAGGAAUCAAGAGACCAAGAGUUUUCAUAAAACGCGAGCCCAGUGAGAAAUGGCAUAAUCCAUUUAAUCCGUUUAUUUUGAACCUGGUUAAAUCUAAUUUGGAUAUUCAGUUCAUAACGGAAGAAUAUUCGUGUGCCCAGUACGUAGCUGAGUAUGUUAAUAAAACAAAUCGCGGAAUAAGUAAUUUACAACGUGAAAUCAUUAAAUGUAUGGAUGAACACCCGGAGUUUGAUGUUGUGGAAAUUACAAGAAAAUUGGGAGUUCAAAUGCUGAAUAGUGUUGAAAUACCAAAUCAAGAAGCUGCCUGGUACCUUCAAAGAGAACCGAUGUCAAAAAGCUCUUCUGUUAUAGUUUAUAUUCGAACGAUGUGGCCAGAGGAGCGGCAAAAACUCAAGAAAACUACUAAAGAGCUAGUUGAAAUGGGAAUUGAUGAUGAUUCUACUGAUGAUUCUACUGAAAGAGAACUGGUUUACAAAAUAUCAAAAAAGGCCUGA